AUGGCCUGGACCUGCCCUUCGACUUAUACUAUUACUACUGGUAUAUCUUCCGGACAUAUUUCAACAUCCUGGGCUUGUACCGCGACCACAUCUUCCAAUCAAAACACUCAGACGACGAGUUCCAUAAGCAGUUCAUCGACCACUGCUUCUAUUACGUCUACUACAAAACCAAGCCUCCCGAUAUCCGAUAGCCCAAGCGGCCCUACCUCUGCCUCUACUGAAUUUUCGGAUACUCGCACUGCCUAUACAACAACUGAAAUAAGUGCAACUCCUAUUCCAACAUCUUCGCAAAUUAUUACACCUAUUCGCCAGCAUACGGGAAUCUCUACUGGUGCUACAGCUGGAAUUGCGGUUGGCUGUGCUGCAGCUGGCCUCGUUAUCGGUCUUCUCGCUUCCCUGCUUUUAUUACGCCGCCGAAAGCACAGGGAAAUUACCCAUGAUGUGGCAAUUGUUGCUCCCAAGCCGUCUCCAUUGAUACAUGAUAUCGAUUCCAGUAGUUCUGGCACGGGCAUACAACUGAGUCAAUAUCUCCUUGACGGAGUUCCAGAUCAAGAUAUUGUGAGCGAAUUACAAGCCUUGGGGGAGCUUAUCUGCCAGCAUGUCGAGGAUAACUAUACUCUUCAGCCGGUAGACGCUAACAUACAGGUUUUAUUGCAAUCACUUCAGAGACUUGAGCUGGAAUCCAAAACCUCGGGGUUAGACACCGAAUUGAUGGUCUCUUUAAGUGCCAGGAGCAAUACUCGAUAUAUUGCCCUCCGCUGUGUUAUUGCAGCUGUUAUAUUCGCCAGCAUUGACUUCCACUCCGUUAGCCAUUAUUCAAUGCUCCCCAGACCUGCAGCUGAAAUUAUUCUAUCUAUGCCUGCUGCUGAAUACGGGGCCAACAAUACUCUAGCCUUUUCUCAGGCAUUAUCGACUUGGCGCCGCUUAUCCGCUUUCCUUCUCCAUUCAAACCGCAGCCAGCGUACUCCUUUGCAAAUGAACCAAACCACAGUCGCGACACAAGCCCAACGUCUAACUACUUCUUUGGUCGAUUUUCUCGGCGUUUUUGUUAGGCCGGGAAGAGAGAGCCUGCAGGCUGAUCAUUUACGAGAAGUUAUAACAGAAUGUGCAAAGUUUGGCUAUGUACUUUUCUCUCAGCCGGCUGAAUGGAAGUUCAAUUUUGAAGGGACUUCUAUGGUAAAUGGAAAUAGGCAUUCUGUAGUGGUAUGCCCUGGAUUAGAAAAAUACAGCGAUCAUAAUGGAACGCCAUAUACGAAGCUACGAAGAGUUGCGGCUCCUGUCGAAGUAGCUGUUUAA